AUGGAGGAUACGCCUGUCAAUGCGGUACUUUUUAACGAUAUCAUAUUUCUUGCUGUUUGUUUCAAAACCUCGGAUCUAACCAUAAUAUGGUAUCGAAAGGCCCACGCUUUUGCAAACGCGGCUGAGGAGUUCGCGGAAAAGGAACUUUGGGCUAAAGCCAUGGAGGCCCACUUCCGUGCUGCUGAACAGUUUCUUUCGGCGAUGAACUAUACCUCAGAUCCGGAGGCGAUAAGAACCUUAAAAUUGCUUUAUGCUAAUCACACUCGACAAGGAAAGGAAUUGCAACGUC